AUGUGGUUCCUCCUAUUUGCGUUUACCGCUUUGGUGCCAUUCAUUGCAGCGGCGCCAACAAACGACGGACAACGUAUCAUCAACGGAACAGAAACCACUAUUGAAGAGUAUCCGUUUAUGACUUCCGUUCGGACUUCGGAUGGCUCUCAUUAUUGUGGAGGAACCAUUUUAAGCCGUAAUUGGGUCAUGACCGCCGCCACUUGUGUAGCCGUCAACACUUUACAAACGGUACAAGUUGGUCGAACAAAUAUUAGUGAAGAAUUUGAUGUGUCGGUGUUCCAAGUAGAGCGAUAUAUUCGGCAUCCGGAGCAUCGUGGCGAUCCAACGUCUAGCUAUAUUCACGACAUCGCCCUAUUGAAGUUGGUAAAUCCACUGGCAUUCAGUGAAACGAUUCAACCGGUGAAGCUUCCUAAGCCGUUCUUCGAGGUGGAUGAAGCGGAUCCUGGGGUUACUCUUGUUGGGUGGGGUAAAAUCGAAGAUGGAACUUAUCAGGAUACCCUACGAAAGGUUGAUUAUUACGUAGUUCCAAAUGAAGUGUGCGACGAAAUCCACAGUUACAACGUCUAUCCGACUCAAAUUUGCGCAGCGUAUCCUGGUGGCGGGAAAGGACAGUGCAAUGGUGAUGGUGGUGGUCCAUUGUUACACCAUGGUAUUCAGGUUGGAAUCGUCUCUUGGAGCGUUAAACCUUGCGGAAUUGCACCAUACCCAGGAGUCAUGACUAAAGUGUCACACUAUAUCGAUUUUAUUUAUGAGCACACUGAUGUAGAACCGCCGACAGAUCCCCCAAAAGAAGAGUGUAACAAGGUUACAAUUUUUAAGUGCAUUAAUUGUACAAAUAUAUUUCACUUGUGA